AAGAGAGACAGUAGAGGGGUUACGUGGAAGAUCGUGGAAGGUUAUCAAGAAUGAGACAAUUAGCCAGGCCUGGUUCACACCCAACCCUUGAGCGGCUGAGGCAGGAGGAUCCAGUGAGUUCCAGGGCUUUAGGAAUGUCUCAGGAGAGCCACAGCACAUGUCUAAUGACCUGCCAAUCAAGCCUGCUCCCCCAGAAGCCCAGGCUUCUGAGUCAGACGAUGUGGGCUCCGCACUCAGUCCUUGCUUACCUUAUCUUUGUGACUUUGGCUUUGGCUUUGCCCGGGACUCAGACUCGCUUCAGCCAGGAGCCGUCUGAUCAGACCGUGGUGGCUGGACAGCGGGCCGUCCUCCCGUGUGUGCUCCUCAACUACUCUGGGAUUGUACAAUGGACCAAGGAUGGACUGGCUCUGGGUAUGGGCCAGGGUCUCAAAGCCUGGCCACGGUACCGGGUCGUGGGCUCUGCGGAUGCUGGCCAAUACAACUUGGAGAUCACAGACGCGGAGCUCUCUGAUGAUGCUUCCUAUGAGUGCCAGGCCACGGAGGCUGCCCUGCGCUCUCGGCGAGCCAAACUCACCGUGCUCAUUCCUCCAGAGGACACAAGGAUUGAUGGGGGCCCUGUGAUUCUGCUACAGGCAGGCACCCCCCACAACCUCACAUGCCGAGCAUUUAAUGCCAAGCCUGCUGCUACCAUCAUUUGGUUCCGGGAUGGGACCCAGCAGGAGGGAGCUGUGGAUAGCACGGAACUGCUGAAGGAUGGGAAAAGGGAGACUACAAUCAGCCAACUGCUCAUUCACCCCACAGACCUGGACAUCGGUCGUGUAUUCACCUGUCGGAGCACGAAUGAGGCCAUCCCCAAUGGCAAGGAGACGUCCAUUGAGCUUGAUGUACACCACCCUCCUACCGUGACUCUGUCCACUGAACCUCAGACGGUACAAGAGGGAGAGCGGGUCAUCUUUACAUGUCAGGCCACAGCCAACCCUGAGAUCCUGGGCUACAGGUGGGCCAAAGGGGGCUUCUUGAUUGAAGAUGCCCACGAGAGCCGCUAUGAGACAAACGUCGAUUAUUCCUUCUUCACGGAGCCCGUGUCCUGCGAGGUUCACAACAAAGUGGGGAGCACGAAUGUCAGCACAUUGGUGAAUGUUCACUUUGCCCCCCGGAUUGUAGUUGACCCAAAGCCUACAACCACAGACAUUGGAUCUGAUGUGACCCUCACCUGUGUCUGGGUUGGCAAUCCCCCCCUCACCCUCACCUGGACCAAGAAGGACUCAAACAUGGUCCUGAGUAACAGCAAUCAGCUGCUGCUGAAGUCAGUGACCCAGGCAGAUGCUGGCACCUAUACCUGUCGGGCCAUCGUGCCUCGGAUCGGAGUGGCUGAGCGAGAGGUACCACUUUAUGUAAAUGGACCCCCUAUUAUCUCCAGCGAGGCGGUGCAGUUUGCCGUGAGAGGUGACGGCGGCAAGGUGGAGUGCUUCAUCGGGAGUACCCCGCCUCCAGACCGAAUUGCAUGGGCAUGGAAAGAGAAUUUCCUGGAGGUGGGGACCCUGGAGCGCUACACCGUGGAAAGGACUAACUCAGGCAGCGGCGUGCUGUCCACACUCACCAUCAAUAACGUCAUGGAGGCGGACUUCCAGACCCACUACAACUGCACUGCCUGGAAUAGCUUUGGGCCAGGCACGGCCAUCAUCCAGCUGGAAGAGCAAGAGGUGGUACCUGUGGGGGUCAUUGCUGGGGCCACCAUUGGUGCAGGCAUCCUGGUCAUCAUCUUCUUUGUCGCCUUAGUGUUCUUCCUCUACCGUCGUCGCAAAGGCAGUCGAAAGGAUGUGACGUUGAGGAAGCUGGACAUCAAGGUGGAGACGGUGAAUCGGGAGCCACUCACGAUGCAUUCUGACCGGGAGGAUGACACUGCCAGCAUCUCCACGGCAACUCGGGUCAUGAAGGCCAUCUACUCGUCGUUUAAGGAUGACGUGGAUCUGAAGCAAGACCUGCGCUGUGACACCAUUGAUACCCGGGAAGAGUAUGAGAUGAAGGAUCCCACCAAUGGUUAUUACAAUGUACGUGCCCACGAAGAUCGCCCAUCCUCCAGGGCGGUGCUAUACGCUGACUACCGUGCCGCCGGUCCUACACGUUUUGAUGGCCGCCCAUCAUCCCGCCUCUCCCACUCCAGCGGCUAUGCCCAGCUCAAUACGUACAGCCGGGCCCCUGCCUCUGACUAUGGCACAGAGCCCACACCCUCUGGCCCUUCUGCUCCAGGUGGCACCGAUACAACCAGCCAGCUUUCCUACGAGAACUAUGAGAAGUUCAACUCCCACCCCUUCCCAGGGGCAGCUGGGUAUCCUACCUACCGCCUAGGCUACCCCCAGGCCCCGCCCUCUGGCCUGGAGAGGACCCCCUACGAAGCAUAUGACCCUAUCGGCAAGUAUGCCACAGCCACUCGAUUCUCAUACACCUCCCAGCACUCAGACUAUGGCCAGCGAUUCCAGCAGCGCAUGCAGACUCAUGUGUAGAGAGGCCGGAGUCUGGCUGGGGUAUCUCUGCGGGGCAGAGGAGAAGGCUUCCCAGCGGUUUCCCUGACAUUCAGGGACAUUGCUCAUUGCUCCUUUCUUAGACCCAGCCUUCUUCCUCCUGCCAUCAUAAAUCAGGAGCAGGUCUCCCAGUUAACACCCCAUCCCAAGGAUGGCGCUCUGUGCAUGCCCCAGUCUCCCGGGCCUGCCCUUUCCUCCUCUUCAGGAGGAUGUCUUUUCUGACCUUUGUUCUUAUCUGACCCAAACAUGGGGACAGGGAAGUGGAGGUUGGGGUGAGGGGAAGAGAGGAGGGG